AUGUCGACGCCAGUAUUAGAAUCUUGUUGGUCACCAUGUAUUUGGGCGUCAACUGUAAAAAGCGGCAGCAGGGCAGUAGCUGUGUACACGAUUGCUAUGGGAUUAAUAUUAAUAACAUUUAUAGCCUAUCAGAUGGCUGGAGGUGAUUCAACACAGCUUUGGAACCCUUUGUUUGAGGCUGAUGUCAGAGGAUCACUUCAAGUAUUUGGAAUUAUAUUCAUAGUGAUAUUGGUUACACUCAUUGUGUCAUCAGUUUUAAUGGUGAUUGGAAUUAACAUAUGGAUGAGAGGUUUAAUGUUACCGUGGCUCAUCACAAUGGCUCUCAUCAUCCUUUUCCAGUUUGUGUUCGGCUUGUGGCUUAUCGGAGGAUAUUAUAUUUAUUUGGAUGCAACUUUUGCUGCACUUCUAGAUUUCCUUUGGAUGGCAUACAAUAUCUACUGCUGGUUAUGUGUUCUAUCACAAUAUCAGAUAAUAUUACAAAUGCAAUCUCCGAAUAUCGAAAUACUAGUUGAAUACUAG